AUGAGUGGUAAUGGUGAAACUAUGUGGGAAAAACGCUACCCCCUAUCUAACGGUAGAUUCCAGUCCCCAAUCAACAUAAUCACCAAUAAGGCUCAAUACGAUCCUUACUUGGACAAGGAGAAUCCUUUGACGUUUUCCUACAGAAAACUUCGCAAUUUCGACAUUCUGAAUGACGGAACGACGUUGAAAGUGAACCCUAUUAUCAAGGAUCUAGAAAUAGCCGGGGGUCCAUUGCUCAAUAAAUAUCAACUGCAUCAUUUCCACUUUCAUUGGGGUUACGAAAAUGGCAAGGGCUCAGAACACCGAAUCAAUGGAAAGUCUUACGAUGCGGAGAUGCACUACGUUCAUUGGAAUCAUACAGAGUCAGAAACUAUAGAAGAGGCCAGCAAUUAUUAUCAAGGUUUAGCAGUAGUUGGCGUUUUCAUAAAGAUAGGUGAAAAGGGACAAGAAUUCGAUAAAAUUAUCAAUAAUUUAAAAUUCGUUAGAAAUUACAGAGAACACAAAUUGGUGAAACAAGAUCUGGACAUUUUCAAAUAUCUUCCAAAAGAUUUAACUCAGUAUUGGACUUAUCCAGGGUCCCUAACAACACCGCCUUUCUUGGAAACGGUAACGUGGAUAUUGUUAAAAAACGCCAUCGAAAUAUCUCGUUCUCAGGUCAGGGGGAAAAAACCUAACGCAAAUGAUGCUACCUCCUCCUUUUACCAAAACUUGGGCAUGCGAAUGCUAACCAUCUAUCUCGGUGAAUUAUUUAAUCUAUACUCGGGCGAUAUGAGUCACGAAGGUCUCUGCCAUCAUAUGCGCAACAUAUUCCGAGAUCCACAGCCCAUGAAUGGUCGAAUAGUGAGGAAAUCGUUCCACUGA